CUCUCGAUGAUCCAAGACGCGAGGCCGAGAAAUACAGUGGCUGCAUAUGAGCCGAAGCAGAAGGAGUUCAGGGACUUUUGUGAGCGCAAGCAGUAUCAGGAUGCAGAUACCGUUACAGAAGACAAGCUCCUCCUCUUCCUUGUUGAGGAGGUCGCAGACCGGCCGCUCAGGGCUAAGAGCCACAAGGCGGCUGAGGAUACUCUACAGGAGGCUACGCGGCUUGCCUGGCGAUCAGUCCGCAGCUAUACGACUGCUAUCACCGACCUAUAUCGUACGCAGAAAGCGCUCGGGGUGAAUACCCACCCUUCACCCCGGGAGGAUAACAUCUCGGACCUCUUUACCUUCGAGUUCGAGGAGGAGGGCCCGACCCGCUGCAUGCCCCUGAUCUUCACAACGCGGGCUGGGAAACAGAACCAGCACGGCCGCCUUGAGACAGCCGGGGCCUUCCGGAAUAAGAACCCGGUUAUCUGCAUGCUGGGCGGCCUUGCCUUCUACCUCCUCUAUCGGUGGGAUAUAGCUGCCGACGAGCUGUUUCCAGACCUU